GGGAGGGGGGAGUGGCCUUUUCCUCCUCGGAGCGUUGCAUUCCAGACCCCCUCGGGGGGAAUUGGAACUUGGUAGCAGUCACCAAUCAGAACCAUCAUUGCCCCUGUGACGAAAUUGGCAGCCUAGGAGGGGGAAGUUUUGGGAGAACAUCUCAAAGAUGGAUGAGCAAAAUGCAGCCGGCCCAGAAGCUGAAAGGGGCCCUGAGACCAUCAAGUCAGAGAGCAGUGGGGAAAACUGGGAGCUUCGCCCAGAGGUACAUCACCAGCAUUUCCGGCAGUUCCACUACCAGGACGCCAAGGGCCCCCGAGAAGUUUGCAAGAAGCUCCAUGAUCUCUGCCACCAGUGGCUCAGACCUGAACAACACACAAAGAACCAGAUUCUGGACAUGCUAAUCCUGGAGCAGUUCCUGGCUGUCAUUCCUCCGGAGAUGCAGAGGUGGGUCCGGGAAUGUGGAGCAGAGACCAGCUCCCAGGCUGUGGCCCUGGCUGAAAUCUUCCUCUUGACUCAGGCAGAGGACAAGAAACAAGAAGAGCAGCAGUAUGCAGAGUCGGGCCCCAAUUUUCCCGAACCAUUCAAGACUUCCUCAGAUGCUCGACAGAGCGCCCUACGAAGGUGGAUGAAACAAGAAGGGGAUGGAACGUCCAUCCUACAAGAAAUCUACUUUUACAGGUCUUCCAAGGUGAAGAUAGAUCUCCAGUCGUUUUCCAGAGUUCAAAGAUGGGCUUAUUUUCAACGUCAAGUAUGUGCUUCUUUAGAUGUUUUGAUCCGCAUCUCCCCAUCAUCCCUCAACAUUGGCCCCAUUGGUAAAGACUGUUGGAGUUCAGGAACAGGAGAUGGAAUGAUGUCAGUAAUACGUGCCCAGUCAACAUCCCUUCUUUGUGGCGGAGGGGACGCAACAGCUGCGCAACAGGCACAGGGCACAGUGGCUACUGAGGAUGUGGCCGUCCAGGUCACAGAGAAAGAAGGGAUUCUGCCAGAUCCUGACCAGAAAGGCUUCCCCAAGCAAGCUGUGGAGCAAGGUUGUGGACUGAUGGCUGCUUUUGAAGGCGAUAAGUGGGCAGCCGAGCGGAAAGGGGAGCCACCUGUGGGACUGUCAGAAGGAGAUGGCAUUAAAAAGAGGGAGAAACAGAGGAGGAAGUCUGUACCAAAUCGGAAAAGGAUGAUGGAGCUGAGUGAGUCUUCUGCUUCCCAGAGCAGUGACUUCCAUCAAAAUGCGGUCCAAGAAAAAAUAGAGAAAAUAAACAUUGCUAAAAUAAGCGAGCCGGCCCGUAAAAGACAAAGGACGUAUCUCUUCCAUAAAGAAUGGGAAGAACGAUACUGUUUUAUGGAUGUGAAUGGCAAAUCGGUGUGCUUAAUCUGCUCGUCCACGGUUGCGGUUGCAAAGAAACACAACGUCCAGAGGCAUUUUGAGAGAAAUCACGGUGCUUUUGCCAAAAAUUACCCCCUCGAUUCUGAGCUUCGAAAAAUGAAGGUGAAAGAAAUGAAAUCUAAAUUUGCGUCCCAGCUGACUGUCUAUACAAAACCUGUGGUUCAGUCCAAAAACACCACAAUAGCAUCUUUUAAAAUUGCCAGUUUGCUGGUUAAAAGAAACAAACCUUUUGAGGACGGAGAGCUGUUGAAAGAGGUGUUUUUGACAGCGGCCGACUCGAUUUUUGAAGGUUUUUCCAAUAAAAAAGAAAUCAUGACUGCAAUACAAAAGCUUCAGCUGUCUGGGAAUACCGUUUCUAGAAGAAUCCAGUCCAUUUCGAAUGAUUUGGAGUAUCAGUUGCAAAGCGAUCUGCAGAAAUGCCUCUGGUUUUCCCUUCAGCUGGAUGAGUCCACUGACAUAACAGAUACUUCCCAGUUGGCCAUGAUAGUUAGGCUGGUCUUUAGUGACCUUGCCGUGAAGGAAGAGCUCCUCAAAAUACUGUCUCUGAAAGGGAAAACGAGAGGCGAGGACAUAUUUCUGACUUUCAAAAACUACGCGACUGAAAUAAACCUCCCUCUUCAUAAACUUUCUUCCAUCACUACAGAUGGGGCUCCGGCCAUGGUGGGCAGCGUGGAUGGGUUCAUUGUGCACUGUCAGAAAGAUGAAUCUUUUCCAAAGUUUAUUUCGUAUCACUGCAUUAUCCAUCAGGAGGCACUGUGCGCCAAAGUGCUCCAGUUUAAACAUGUCAUGGAUGUUGUUACAAAAAUAAUAAACUCUAUUCGAGCGGUCUCCUUGCAGCACAGGCUUUUUAAAGCCCUCCUGAAGGAUGUUGAUGCUGAAUACGGGGACCUGAUCUUGCACACAGAAGUUAGGUGGCUUAGUAAAGGAAAAGUCCUUGCCAGGUUUUUAACCCUGAGGGAUGAAAUCAAGGCAUUUUUAAAAACUAAAGAUCAGUACGUGGAACAACUCGAUGAUAGAUUUUGGUUGGUAGAUUUAGCCUUCCUUGCUGACUUGAUGCAAGAACUGAACAGUUUGAAUAUUGAACUUCAUCGAAACGAUAAGCAUAUUUCUGGAAUGAUCUCUUCAGUCCACUCAUUCAAAGGCAAACUGAGAUUGUGGAAGUCGCAUUUGCAAGUGAAAUCUCUUCUUCCCUUCCCUUCCAUGAAGCAAGUGGUCGGGGACAGCGACUUCAACAAUGCACCGUUUGUGGGCUACCUCGAGACCUUAGAGGAGCAGUUCCAUGCGCGCUUCCAACAGUUCACCAGCAUUGAGCCUGUGGUGUCCUUCUUUGAGAAUCCAUUUAGCCCGAUCGACGUCACAGAGACAGCCGUGGCCAUAGGGGAGUUGUGCCAGGCCAUGGUAGAAGAGGUGGAGAUGGAGAUUGUGGGCCUUCAGAAUGAUAUCAUUUUGAAAUCUAACUCGAGCCAUGCCAACUUUUGGAACCUGGUGGAUGCCCAAAAAUUCCCUUUGUUGAGGAAGACGGCUGCAAAGAUAAAGUCUUACUUUGGGUCAACUUACCAGUGUGAGUCAGUCUUCUCAACAAGGAGAUUUAUCAAGUCAAAGAAUAGAACACGGAUGACUGACAAACAUCUGGAUGACUGUUUGCGAGUGGCAAUCUCUUCCUACACUCCCAAUUACAACAGGCUUGCCGACGGUAUGCAGUGUCAAGCCUCUCACUAGUCUGGAGCCGUGCUGUAAGACUUAGGCAAAAUGUGGCAGUUUUGCACUAAUUAGCUUCUUUAGAGCAGACUUCACUUUGCCAAGUUUCUAUUUUCUAUUUUGUGUCUCAUAAAAUAGUAGAGAGAUUAGGCUUAAAUAUAUACCAAUUUAUUUGUAACUGUGAAUAUGAUUAUGUACUGGUAGUCUAGAAAUAAUGUUAUGCUUCCACCUGCCCCCUCUACUAUGCAAAAAAAUAAAUGCUCUUUUAUAUGUGGAACUCUCUGUUACCACCAUAUGUACUCAAGGAUCACAUGUAAUAUGUUGGGGGACUGAAAGCUACAAAGUAGGUCAAUCACAUCACAUGUAGACAAGGCUGCAUUUGGGGGGGCUG